ACAAGGCUUUUCUCUCUCUCGAGUGGAAACACUACGUGACAAGACCGUAUAAACGUUUCUUGUGUAAGGGACAAGGGUUUUUCCAUUCAAUCCAUUGGAUCAUGGACGCCACGAGAACGACGCCUUCGCCGAGGCCGGGGGCGGGCGGCCUGAGGGCGCUGGAGCUCCUCCCGCUGGCGCUCGCACUGGUUUUGGUCCCCAUCACUGUGGCCGGGACGAAUUUCGGCGUACUCCACCAGAUUCCAGAAGGUCAUGUUGGGGUCUACUGGAGAGGCGGUGCUUUGCUCAAGACUAUCUCCGAGCCUGGUUUUCAUCUGAUGGUCCCAAUCCUCACACAGUACGAGCCUAUCCAAGUUACUAUACAAACCGAUCAGGUGAAAGACAUUCCCUGUGGUACGAAGGGUGGAGUGAUGAUCUACUUCGAGAAGAUUGAGGUGGUGAAUCGUCUCAAGAAGGAGCUUGUGUAUGAAACUAUUCUCAACUACGGUGUGAGCUACGACAAGACGUGGAUCUACGACAAGAUCCACCAUGAAAUCAACCAGUUUUGCAGCGCGCAUUCACUCCAGGAAGUGUACAUUGAUAAGUUCGAUCAGAUCGACGAGAUCAUGAAGGACGCGAUCCAGCGAGACUGCACACGCUAUGCUCCAGGAAUUGAGAUUAUCGGUGUGCGUGUGACGAAGCCAACUAUUCCGGCAACAAUUGCUCGUAACUACGAGAGCAUGGAAGAAGAACGCACUAAGGUACUGAUUGCCGUCGAGAGGCAAAAAGUCCUGGAGAAAGAAGCCGAGACUCACAAGAAACAAGCUGUGACCGAGGCCGAGAAGGAUGCUCACGUCAGUAAAAUCCUGAUGGAGCAGCGCGUCAUGGAGAAGGAGAGUGCCAAACGGCAGCAAGAGAUCGAGAACGAAAUCUUCCUGGGCCGGGAGAAGAGCCUGGCUGAUGCGAACUUCUAUAGGGUGCUGAGGGAGGCUGAGGCUAACAAGCUCAAGUUAACUCCGGAGUUUCUGGAGCUCAAGUUUAUCGAGUCCAUCACCAACAAUUCAAAGAUCUUCUUCGGAGAUAAGAUCCCGAGCAUGGUCAUGGACCAAAGAUUGCUUGGCAGCUACCUUUCAACACUCUCUUCAAGUCCUAUCGACUCUUCCUAACGACAAUCCACAAAGUCCACCCAGUUCACGAGAAAAUUUUGGUAGAGUUCUCUAUCAUCCGUCUCUGGGGAGUGUCACGGUACGGAGAUCUCCUUCUCUGUCUUUGCUUUCUUUUCGUCAAAUUCGUGCUUUAGAAUCCAAGCUUGCAGACGCGGUAGCUCUUUGCUUGAUUGCGAGCCAAGAAUCUAACUGUAAACCGCAUUAUGGGAAAAACGAAAGAAAGAGAACCAGGUGGAAAGGAGAAAGGAGCUAUAGAAAUCUUAGCUCGCAAAUUAGAAGCUUCUCUCUCUCUCUCUCUCUCUCUCUCUCUCUCAUGCUCUCCUCAGCAUUACAUCACUCGUCUAAAACCAGCGCCGUGUUGAAUGGAAGAACUAUUGUUACCUUCCACCAAACUUUAAACAAAAGUCCUCAAUGGCUGCUCCU